GGGGCUGGUAGCCAUGCAACGAAACAAGCCAACAGGAGCCCUUUGCGGGCUUCACUAUUCUAUAGCUAGCUGCGAGAGAUCAUGAGUGGAUCCCAGGCGAACGAAGUAGAGACGUUCUCGGCAGAGGGUCGGGUGUCAGUGAGGCUUGCUCCACCGUGGAAGGCGGGGCGGUUGAAGGCAGCGGUGGGAGACAAACUGGGGCUGAAGUCUGCCAGUCUCAGUCUCUUUGGGCUGUUUGAAGGUCCGCUGGACGCUCCAAACAGUAUUUUAGAAGAGGAUAGUUCAGUUCCUCCGCACAAGGAGCUGUGCUUCAGAAGAUGGACCAUGGACCUCACUAGUGAGACCAGACUGUGUCACCAUGACGAUGUCGCCAACAACCUUCUGUUCCUAGAGGCCCAGCAGCAGAUAAAGAGAGGAGUGGGAGGAGGAGGAGGGGGAGUAAUUUGUGCCACUCCGGAGCAGGCCAGGCAACUGGAAGAAUUUGCUGAUCCAUCUUUCCCUGCCGAACGACAGUUUCUAGACUUGGCUCGCUCCCUGCCUGGAUACGGGGCUCUGGUUGCUAAGGAUGUCGUCAUGGAAACAGACCUCGUCUCCAAUGACAUCAAUCUGCACAGGGGCAACAUCGUUACAUGUCGACUGGAGAGACAGAGACUCGUUAUUUUGACAGCCGAGGUGAAAGAAGCAGUACUUUUAACCUCUCUGGACACAUUGGCCCGCGCCAUGCAUGUGUUUCCGGGAGACGAGGUGUGCUGGAAGUGGGAGCUGGUGAAGCGAUGGCGGACAAAGACUAGCAGUCAGCUCCAUUAUGAGGUGUGCGCAGUGCUUGGGAAAUGCUCCUAUCCUCACCUGGCUACAACUAAAAACACCACAGUUGUUUUUCAGGCUUACUACCUGAGAGCUGGUUCAGAGACCACAUGUCAUUAUCGUCAAAAUGACAGGGUCUCCCCCAAGGCUCCCCGUGCCAACCCCAACAUGGCGGGGAAACCAUUUAACCCUCUCGUAGACUUCUUAAACUCCGAACUCUUUCGCUUCCAUAGGUUCUCUUCAGUAGAGAAAUGAGAAAUCUUUGAUGAUCAAAUACUGAUGACUUUACACAGUCAAUAAUGUAUUAUUUUGACACCUGUGAUUAGUAGAAGAGU